AUGUGUGCCCCGGCAAAGGCACAGCCACUGUGGCUCUUCGACUGCUUGCUCCUGCUUGCCAGCAAUGGGGACGAGUACGACGACCAGACGGGCACCGUGCACAAGAGCGCAGCCUCUAGCUCACUAGGUACCAAUACUAUCACAGACACAGCAGCAGUUGGUGCGGCACGUCUGUACUUCACGGAAGGCGGGCCAGCAGGCAACCUAGCAGCGCUGCAGCGCUACCUCAAGGUUGAAGAGGCGCACAGCACAUCUCCACUGCUGCGUGUCUUACAGUUGGCACCGCAGGCACCAACAUGCAGCAUGCGACCGCUCGUGUACGUCGAGCAGGAUACGCCAAGUGCUGACUCGCCAUCCAGAGAGGCGUGUGCGCGGCGUGAGGCCGUCCUGACGACCUGUUCCGGGGCCUGCACGAUGGAGACGAUGCCGUCGCGAUGGUAUCAGGCGCCUGUCGAGGCUGUUCUGUGUGUCUUUCAGGACUUUGCGAGUGCACCUGCCACGCCCACGACGAGCAGGUCAACAUUCUGGGCAUUUCUCGACAGUGUCGUGCGAUAUCACGCGCGUGACUUUGACCGCGGCGUUGCCCAGGUGGAGCUGCAGUGCAUCUUUAUGCCAACAUUCGAGACAGAGCAGAGCGCGGUGUACAGUCGCGACCUCUUUGGGGAUUACGUGGCCGAGGAGGCGCAGAAGCACGGCGGCGCAGCCGCUGAGCGUAGGUCAGCGAUGAAGGUUUGCGUGGAAAGCUCAGAGGCGCUCGAACGUGUCAUGGCGUAUGUGAAGAGACAGUGGCCGAUACUCGUGGCGAAUACGGGAUCGUCCCACUUGGUAGUAUACACAAAGUGGUCGCCCCGAUCGCCCGCUGCAUGCAACUCGAACCACCUGCGACAGUCAGCUGCAGGCGUCACCGACGCGCUCGAGCAGACUGCAUGCUUCGUGUGGCUGCAAAAUGACGCAGUGGGCGGUGGGCGGGACGGUGUCUACGCAGAUGCCGCGCUCGAGGCCCUCCUCGACGAGCUCUCCCUCGCUGCCGCAUCGAUCAGCACACCAUCGGAAGCGGACGCCGUUCUGCAAGAGGAGGGCGUCAGCGCCUUCUUCGAGGAGUGCUGCCUUACACACACGCUGAAGAAAGUGAUCUGUAAACACUUUCAGUCGGUUGUGCGGCGACAGCGGCCGCUGUUUCACUGGAUUCUCUCGCUGCCCCCGCACUCCCGAUUGAGCACCUCCGCUGCAGAUGCCGCCGUCACUGCGGUGCUUUUCGAAAACAGCGCUGCGGCGUCGCGGGCGGUGUGGGGCGCCACCGAGCUGCUCGUCCACUGGCAGCAGCUGUCCGACACCGCGCACGCACUAGCGAAGAAGGCACUACAGCAGCGUCGCUGCAGAGCGGGCGGGCUGUUUCGGCAAAUUGUGUCCGCCCCACCGCGGAUUCCGCGCCAGCACCGCACCAUCCAGCAGAGUGGUCUCCAUUGCGACAGCUUCUCCGGUGCCUCCGUUCUGGAUCGUCAGCGCAGAAAGCUCAACGUUCCUCACCUGUACGGCAUUGAUGAAAGGCAGAGCACGGCCAGCAGUCUUAACUCCACUCAGCGUGAGCCCCUCGCGGCAUCUGGGCUGUUCCACAGCCUACGGAGCUUCAAGGCGGACUCCCUUGACGGUACAUCGAUGCUGGACACGGAGGAGGUGUUUGGUAGCUACCCAAAGCUCACCAAGCGCGUUGUCAAGCGAGUGGCCCAGAGCCGGACAACUGUCCACGCGGUGCAGUGA